AUGGCACAUACACAAGUGAAAGAGCGUUAUGAGAAGGGCUUCUCCGAGCACGACGAGAAGGGACCGCAGACCAAGACCCUUGGUCAUCUUCGUCUGCGAGAUUCCGAGACCAACGAGGUCAUCCUAGUUCCUACACCUUCAUCGGAUCCGAAAGACCCACUUAAUUGGCCACGAUGGUUCAAGCUAUACACUGCCAUUGCAGUAUGUCUCGCCAUGGUUCUUUGCAAUUUCCUUGCUGCUGGUCCUACACUGGCAAUCGUUCAAACCGCAGAGGACUUCUUUCCCGACUGGAAAACAACGGGUAUCUCAAGCGCGAUUGCCAAAACAGCCUACUUCUUCAAUUGCACGGCCCUCUUCCAGGGCUUGGGUAAUCUGCUCUGGAUGCCUUUGAUUAACAAGUACGGACGCCGAGCCGUCUAUGUGACCUCCUUCACCAUUUAUUUCAUCACAGCCAUCUGGUGUGCCGUCGCCAAGCAGUAUGCGAAUUUCCUCGUCGCAAGAAUCAUCAUGGGCAUUGCAGCUGGAGCAGGAGAGUGUCUUGCCCCUAUUACAAUUGCCGAUAUUUUCUUCUUGCACGAGCGUGGAGCUAUCACAGCUCUCUACAAUGCCUCCCUGAACUUCGGUGUCGCUUCCGGCGCCAUUGUUGAUGGAUUUAUCGUCAAGUUCCAUCCAUGGCGCUAUAUCUACUAUGUCGCAAUCGCCCUGAUCGGUGCCAUUACCCUCAUCGUGUAUGCAACUUUCCCCGAGACAGCCUAUAUCAGAGCCCCAGCUAUGUCCGACAGCAUUACCACACUGUCACCUUCCGGUCAGCGCAUCCGUCGCAGUACGCCGGGAGAGGGCGAAAAAGCAGUUUCCGAGGUCCAGGAAGAAGUCCUCACUCAAGAGACGGAUAAAAACCGGGGUUGGCUUCAGGGCUUGAAGCUAUAUCAUGGAAAAUACACGGACGAGUCCCUGUGGCAAAUGACGAUCCGACCUGUUGGGCUUUUGAUCCUCCCACCUGUGCUCUGGGCUACCCUUGUGAUGUCGGUCACUAUUGGAUUCAUCACAGCCAUCACCUCCAACGUCGCAACCGCAUUCUCCGACACAUACGGGUUCGCGGCAUGGCAGUCUGGUCUUUGCUUCGUUUCUGCUAUUAUCGGAUGUAUCUUUGGUAUUAUGCUUGGUGGACAUCUUUCCGAUUGGGUUGCUGAUGUGUUCACACGUCGGAACAAUGGUAUUCGUGAGCCGGAGAUGCGUCUUCCUGCCAUGAUGAUUAGUGUCAUUACUGGUCCUCUUGCGUUGGCUUUGUAUGGCUGUGGUAUUAAGUGGAAGAUGCACUGGAUCGUUCCUACCAUUGGUAUUGGUCUUAUCAACUUUACUAUCACCCAGGCUACCAAUGUCUCGCUAGUCUACACAAUUGACAGCUACCGUCCCAUCGCUGGAGAGAUCGUUGUUACCCAGCUGGCAUUUAAGUCUGCCUUUGGUUUCUUGCUUGGAUUUUACACGAACCCCUGGGUGGAUAUUCAUGGCUAUAAUGUGGCCUAUGGAGAGAUGGCUGCAAUUUGUGGUGGAGUUCUUGUUUUCUGGAUCCCAUUGUUCUUCUGGGGGAAAAUUAUUCGUGAGAAGACUUUGAGCUGGCGAGUCAUGAAGUGGGUGCAGUGGGAUAUGGACAGAGAGGUUGGAGAGUAG